UGGCGGAAGUUCCUCCUCCUCCGAGUUAUCUUUGGGGUGGUGUGAUGGCGGCAGUGGGGAUGGCAGCCAGAGCAGGAAAAAAAGACUGGAUAUUGGAGCCCCUCUCCUUGCCAGAGUCUCCGUGUUGCAUUGCUGAUGGGUUUACUUCCCUGGCGUUACCUUGCAUAUUUUGUGAAGAUUGUUAUCCUGCAGAAGAGCAGGAAAAGCUACUUGGGCAUUUGAUUAUUGAACACAAACUGGUGAUAGCUGAUGUGAAGCUCAUUGUAGAUUUUAGAAGGUACGUUUUGUAUUGGAAGAAAAGGUUUAUUGAGCAACCAGUAACAGAUUUUUGUAGUGUUAUAAGAACCAAUUCCCAAGCUUCAGAAGAUGAACAAGCAGACUACUACCUUCUGUGUGAUGUUUUACCUGAAGACAGAGUGCUUAGAGAGCAGCUUCAGCAAAAAAGACUAGAAGAGGUUUUGGAACAACAACAGCAGGAAAGGAAUGACAGCAACUUUGCUCGUAUCUGUAUGUUUUGUAAUGAAGAAUUUGCAGGAAACAGGGCUAUUCUCUUCAACCAUAUGGCUAAAGAUCAUUCUUUCAAUGUGGGCCUACCAGACAAUAUUGUGUACUGCAAUGAAUUCCUAGACUUGGUGCAGAAGAAAAUGGAUAAUUUACAGUGUUUAUAUUGUGAGAAAACGUUCCGUGACAAGAAUACUCUCAAAGAUCACAUGAGGAAAAAACAGCAUCGCAGAAUCAAUGCCAAAAAUCAUGAGUAUGACAAAUUUUACACCAUCAACUAUCUGGAGCUUGGGAAGAAUUGGGUGGAGGUUCAGUCUGAAGAUGACAGAGAAAUGAUAGAAGAGCAAGAUGAUGAUUGGUCUGAUUGGCAAGGUCCUCCAGUUUGUGCUGUUUGUCUCUUCUGUGAGAAAGCACAAGAUACAACUGAAAAACUAGAACUUCACAUGAAGGUGGCUCAUCACUUUGACCUUCUGAAAUUGAAGUCUGAAAUGGGUUUAAACUUCUACCAGCAGGUCAAAUUAGUGAAUUUUAUCAGAAGAGAAAUUCACCAGUGUCACUGCCACAAGUGUGGAAAAACAUUUAGCUCAAAAUCAGAGGUUGUAAGUCAUAUGACUGAAGCAAACCACAUUAUGUCACUGCUAGAUAAAUCUGCCUGGGAUCAGCCACAGUAUUACUUUCCUACCUAUGAAAAUGAUGCUCUGCUUUGCUCACUGUCUGACUGUGAGAGUGAAUCCGUGGCUGACAACCAGAUAACAAACAUUCCAGUCAUUGCAGAAGAUAUUUCAAACUUGCAAGCUUUAAAACAAAGCAGUAUUCUAAAUCUCCUACGGCAUCCAAAUAUCAAGAAUUAGCAUUCAUCCUUUCUCCAUAACGAAAGAAUUAUCCAUCAUUUUAAUAGCCAAGCUUCUAGUAAUUUAUUAAUAUAAUGGCAACAUCAAAAUACCAUGCCAAUUUAACCUUAGUGAUGUUAGCUAAUUUUUUCUGGUCAGGAAAAUGGCGAUACUCUGAUGGGUGAUACCAUUGACAAGUAUUUAUACGUUUGAAGUUGAUCAGAUAAUUUGUGAGCAACAGCAUUUUAAAUGGGAAUAAUCGCAACCCACUGCUGUGGGUUGCAAUUAUCCCCAUAAGAGAACAAAAUAUUUUUGAAGUAAUUAGUUUCAUUGUAAUUUGUCAGGUCGUUUAAUCUUUCCCAUUAGAUUUGUGAAUUGCUUCCCGCUUCAUCCUAGAUAUGUCUAAUGGAAACUGAAUUUGAAAGAAUACUCAAGCUCCAGAAAAGGCGCUAAAAUUAUAUUGGUGACCUGCUGGACAUUGAAAUUAAGAAUUAAGCUUCUUUUUUAAGCUUCCAUUUUCUGCUCCACCUUUAGGGAAAGUUAUAACUGUUACUUAGCAGUUUCGUGAUUUGAGUGAAUAGUUAUUUUUAACAACUGAAUACUACAUGCCAGUACUUUUUUUUGGCAUACUGAUUAACAUGUUUGCAUAAAUUCCUAACUUUGCUACUUAAAGUUGUGAACUCACUUAAGAUAAUGAAUUUUAAAAUAUCACAGGCAUGAGGAAUGAAAAAGGUCCUGAAAAGUUAAGUAGUACUGCAGAUAGAGAAAUCAGUCUUCUAUUAUAUUUAAGUGUUACUGUCAUUUUACACUGUAGAUAGAAAAGUGUUGCAUUUCUGUGUCAUCACAUGUUGGCAGCUGUGCUGUGGCAUAAUGGAAAUGAGCACAGGAAGUGACUAAUGGAUACAUUAUCCCAAGGUGCAAAUUGGCUUUUGAAAGAUUUGAUAAACAUAAGUAAUAUAUCUAUUGUAAGGUUAACUUAUUUAUUAGUAUCUUAACAUUAGGCAAGCCAAGGAGGAAGACUCUCAAACGUAUUUUUUAGGAAUUAUUAUUGAAAUAUUCUUAUGACAGUUACGACAAUCUAAUGUUAAAGUGACCAUGGAUUUUCUACCUUGCUAGUUUGGUUAAUUCUAGAUUUUUUAAAAUAAAGUUGAAGUUUGUAUUCCAGCUUUUCACAUUAAGUAAGUCUGAUGUGUGUGUGUGUGUAUGCGCACUUAAAAGACUAUAUCACAGUUAUUAAAUAUAUGAAGCAGGCAGUGGUAUUCAUUGGAAACAGUUGUAUGAUUUUCAUUUUUGCUUUGAUUAAAAAUGAAUGCAGAAGCAGUUAAACAAUUUAACCUGUCUCCAUGAUGGAGCAGAGGGCAUGUUCCCUGGCUAUGCUAGCAAAGGUGGCGUUAGGUCUUUGUUCCUGUAUUACAAUGUCAAAACCAUGAACUGAGGUUUUCCAUUAUGUUGUGCAUAAUUAUUUUUGAAACCAUUACGAAAUGAAACACUAAGUUUUUAAUACUGUGGUUGGAAACAUGGAAGUGAAAGAUUGUGUUCUGCAAAUUUGUUGUAGGGUUAAAAAAGCUGCAGCCUCACUUUUUCUCUCAUCGCUUGAUGUAAUUUAAAACAAUCAUGCCUUCAAUAAAUUGAAUUUCUCCA